AUGGAGAGUUCCGGGUUUCCACUGAAAUCGACGGAUGAGCUGAUCCGACGUUUGGAACAGCUCCGAUCCGAGCUGAACAGCGCAGUCCAGUCUCCUCCCGACCCUGAUAUAAUAAACUGGUCGGUAGAAAAGCAGGAUGAACAAAGACAAAGCCAGGAACACAAGAAGAGACAGAUGAAGAAGGAGGAAGCUGCACUCUGUGCCUUGCUCGAGUCCAUGGUACAGACCUUCGACCACACGCCCAUCGUCGCAAGACUGUCCUACUACCCCGAAGCUGCUGCCAUAUCGCCCUAUGUCAGUGGUGGGGGGUACAAUCGUUUGUUCACAGCUCUUGCAGAUUGUUUGAGCAGCGGUGUCAACGACGGCACUAUCCCAGAUGUCCAGCUCCUUGCGGCCCUCAACACUGUACUGCAAUACCCGCGAGAGCUCCAAGACCUUCCUCUCGGUUACGUCAUCCAACACUUGAUGCAAAGACUCAAAACAUCUGUUGAAAAUGCCAGCGAGCCUGUCAAGUAUCGGCUCAUCCUGACGCUUUCCAACAUUCUUGAUGCUAUGAACGAUGUGAAAACUCGUGGUAUCAGUGAGCUGAACAUCGUCCAACCCUUGAUGGAGAUACUUGGCAGCAUCUCAAAGCAAAAGGAGCUGCGCCUAGCUCAGGCAGCUCAGUAUGCACAGGCAGCUCUGCGCGUCAUUCCGACCGACGUCAGUCCGUGGAAGACGUUCUUGGACAAAGCAUACAAAUCCGUUGAAGGUUCUGCAAAAAUAGCUGGCGCAGUUUCGACCUUGGACCCUUCUAAACUCCUUCAGGGGGUUGAAAGUCUCGCAGAAGUCGUGCAGCUGAUUGCAUCAACUUUCGAAGCCGUGGAUUCUGUAGCAAGCUUAGCCGAGGACUUCUCAGGCAUGAUCAAGGGAUCGAAGUAUGCAAAAACACCGGCAAAAUGGUAUGUUGCCCUUCGCUACACCGACUUGUUAAUUCGUGGGCGACGUCCGGAGUACCUGAAAUCCGUUCUUGAAAACCCUGGGUUCCCGUGUCGGGAUGAUAAGCAGUUUUUGUGUGGUCUUUGUGCGCAGUUCGAGCGGGCAGUCGAAUCCGAGACGCUGUCGCGAGAUGGCGAGAUGGCCAAUAUUUUGAAAACAUUUUUGAUGUCGCAGUGCACAAACACAAGGGACGAUGUUGUCCGAGAAUGGGUGCACACUGUUCUAGGGGGCGAAGUGCAAGUUCAACCGCGCAAACAUCAUAUUCGUAUUUGGAAAAAUGGCAAAGCACCGGCACAUACCACUAAGAUCGAGUACAAGAAAGCCAACCCCAAAACACCCGGUAUCGCGCUCCUGAAAGACUCUUGGAAGACCUGUCCAAAAGCUCUCUUGUUUCAUGCCGACAAGAUGCUCCGAUCCCAUUAUACGGAUGAAAGUCUGAAACAACUCCAGAUCGAGCGUCUUGAUAGCAGCAUUCUGCUGAUGAGCAAUUGUUACAUCAACCUGACGAUUACGGAGCGCAAUGAUCGAAUGAUGCAAGCUGGAGACCGGCCUGAAGAUGAGUCGCGCUUCUACCUACGCUCCAAGAAGGCCCCAUCCACAAAUGCCGUUCUACUGCCGAAUAUCUUUCAGAAACGGCAAUCAUCAUCUACUUCAGCAUCUACCUGUCAACGAAUUAUCAUCCGCGGACAGGCUGGCGUUGGCAAAAGUACGCUCUGCAAAAAGAUGGUGUACGAUUUCGUCAACCAUGGAAUGUGGGCAGACACCGUCGAUCGGGUCAUUUGGGUACCCCUCAGAGAGCUCAACGGGAAGAGCAAACACGUUGCGGACAUGAAGGAACUAUUGAGACAGAAAUGCUUUACCGAUCCGCAAAGCCAGCCGUUUCUUGACGCUUUGUGGGCUGCUUUCGAAGAGGACAGGACUAGGACGCUCUUCAUUCUGGACGGCCUGGAUGAAGUGGCUGAGCUCCUUGGGAACAUCGAAGAUAAGCACAGGCUGCUCUGGACGGUUCUAAACCAGCCUCGCGUCAUCAUUACCACACGACCACACAACAUAAACAAGGACGCUGUGAAGGACAUCCAUUUGGAGACGGAGACGGUUGGAUUCUAUUCUGGCCAAGUGGAAGAGUACAUCACGGCUGUCUCACCAGCCAAUGCCGAACAAAUCCUUGCGUUUGUGAAAAGUCACCCAGUCAUUCAAGGGCUUUCAAGCAUUCCAAUUCAGCUCGAUGCGAUCUGCUACAGUUUUGGGUCGCUGACGAAAACUUUAGAAACGAUGACGCAGCUGUACGAGGCAAUUGAACUAGCUCUGUGGAUCAAAGAUAUCAUUCGACUAAGAAAGGAAGUUGUAGGAGCGUCGAUUCCAAUCACAAAGUAUGCCGCUCAGAGCUCCACUCCUACUGAAGUGAAGUCCAUCGUCCAGGGGGAAAUAAAUGUCCUUCAGGCUCUUGCCUUUGUCGGCUUCCAACAAAACAUGCUCGAGUUCGAUCGGGAUUUCUUGAACACGUUUUUCGACAAACAAACAGGAUUCGCAACACUCACAAACCACCUUCCAGCGGCAAACAGCGCAUUGUCUAGUGACUUGGGAAAGCUCUCAUUUCUUCGGAGUUCCGACAAGGGAGAGACCCUUGAAUCACGAAGCUAUCAUUUCAUUCAUCUCACCUUCCAAGAAUACUUCGCGGCACAAUACUUCGUCCAGCACUGGCCAAGUAAGAAUCUUCCGUACUAUCAACUCAACGACGACGAGUCCAACGACAUGGAGCAAAUCAGCGCCGAGGAAUUUCUUUUUCGGAAAAAAUACGACCGGCGCUACAAUGUCUUUUGGCGAACUCAUCACCGCGACUCACAACUUUCCAAAAUAACCUGGACCACCAACUGGAACAGUGGCCGCGACUUCUAA